AGGAGUUCUCUAACCGGUACACUCGAAACCUAAUCAUCCUUCAUAGUUCAUCUGUCAUCUCACUUUUAAAAAAAUGUCAACAGAGCAGAGAGGUUAAGUUAUUUAUUUAAAUAGAAGUUUGAAAAUGAAAACUGUUAAUGCCGUUAAUAUUAAUAUUGAUAAGUACAGAAAACUAGUGCAAACUUACAUAGAUUUGCAUGUUUAUAAUUCAGCAUUAUUUUGGGCAGACAAAGUAGUUGCUUUAACAGGAAAUCCUAGAGAUAUUUAUUGGCUGGCACAAUGUAUGUACCUUCUGAAACAAUACCACAGAGCAGUUCAUUUGUUACGAUCCAGAAAUCUAGAAAAAACCUAUAUUUUAUGUACUUAUUUAACAGUAAGAUGCUUAUUCGAAGCAAAUGAGCUAAAUGAAGCUUUAAAAAUAAUAAAUUCAGUGGAUAACUAUUUAUUUAUUCCUAAAGGGAAUAUAUCUACACCAUGUUCUUCAGGAAUUGACGCUACAUUAUUUGAUGAUACACCAAAAAAUCAAGCAUAUUCGUCAUUUUUAUUACUUAAAGGAAAAGUCCUUGAAGGAAUGGAUAAUAGAGGAUUAGCCUCAGACUGUUACAAACAAGCUCUACAGUAUGAUGUAUACUGUUUCGAAGCAUUUGAUUCUUUAAUAAAAUAUCAAAUGCUAACCUCUUCAGAAGAGGAAGAAUUAUUAAAUGCCCUUCCAAUUGUGGAGCAGUGUUCAACAGAAGAAGCAGAAAUUCUGAUAACAUUGUACGAGUCAAAACUAAAAAAAUAUCAUACACCAACUGUUCGGAAACCAAAUGAAAGUAAAAUAUUAUUUGGAAAUGCUCCAUCUAUACCAAACAAUAAAUUACUAAAUAUAUUGCAUCUUACUCCUGAACCUAUUCAAUCUCUUCCAACCACACCUGUCACUAUUAUAACACCAACUUCUAUCAGCACACCAAACGUUGCAAGAAAUAAUGAUAAAAAUUUAAUGAAGAGUGAAAUAAAGAAGAUUAAGAAUACUGACAGUCAGCAGAUGCAAGUGGAAUCAAACGAAAAUGUAACAUUAUUUAAGCUGAAAAAUAGUUUAGAUUUACAAGUAGCAGAAGCGGAAAGGUUAUACUAUAACUGUGAUUACCAACAAUGUAGUGUUUUAACAGAGAGUAUUCUAAAACAGGAUCCAUAUCAUGAUGCGUGCUUGCCUAUUCAUAUAUCUUGUCAAGUUGAAUUGAAGCAAAGCAACAAAUUAUUCUCUCUGGCACAUAAUUUAGUGGACUUGUAUCCAAAUUUGGCUAUUUCUUGGUUUGCUGUCGGUUGUUACUAUUAUAUAAUAGGGAAAAGUGAUUGUGCCAGAAGGUAUUUAGCCAAAGCCACUUGUCUGGAUCGACUAUUCGGCCCUGCUUGGCUUGCAUAUGGUCACUCUUUUGCGAUAGAGAAUGAGCAUGACCAAGCAAUGGCGGCAUAUUUUAAAGCAUCACAACUUAUGAAGGGAUGUCACCUGCCAUUGUUGUACAUAGGACUUGAAUGUGGUUUGACAAAUAAUGUAAGACUAGCAGACAAAUUCUUCCAACAGGCUCAGAGUAUAGCCCCUGAAGAUCCUUUUAUUAUGCAUGAAAAAGGAGUAAUAUGUUUUCAAAAUUUGGAUUUUGAAAAUGCAGAAACCCACUUCCUAAAUGCUUUAGAAAGAGUUAAAAGAAUUAAGAAAGGAAUAAUUCCACAGAGGUGGAGCCCAUUACUCAACAAUUUGGGCCAUACUUGUAGAAAGCUAAAAAAAUAUGAUGAAGCAUUGGACUUCCACAAUCAGGCUCUGCUGUUAAGUCCGCAAUCUGCUGGUACUUACUCAGCUAUUGCUUACGUACACGUUCUUAUGGGUCAUUACGAAGAAGCAGUUGAUUGGUUCCACAAAGCUUUAGGUUUAAAGAGGGAUGACACAUUCAGUACAACAAUGUUAAAUUACGUAAUUGAUCAACUUACUGAAGAGCAACCACCUUAUUCAGAUUGCCCGAGUGAAAUACCAAAAUUUAACAUUGAGUCGAAAGGCGCUACUACCAAUGUAAGCCACACUAUUUCAGAAGAGACUGGUUCCGUUAUCCCUAGUGUAAAUAAUGAAUUACCUGACAUGAGUAUGAGUAUAGAGGUUGAUAUGGCUGAUGCAAGCAGUAUGGUUAAGGAAUAAUUGUAGGCUAUAAAAAUAUGUAUAUUUUAAAUAAAUUUAUUAUCAAAAUAAUUCUUUUCUUCAACCACCAAAGAAAUUUUACUCUAAAAUUAAUUUUCGUCUGUACUGCCUUGGUAAUUAUGAUUUUUUUUAGGUGUGUGUGAAGAAAAUUAAGUACUAACUGAUACACUCAGCAUCAUGCAGG